AUGGAGCAAAUCACAUCUCAGCUUGCCCCCCGUACUGCCACCAAGCCCUCAGCUGGCGGAGCUGGAGGAGACCCUGCAGGCAGCGUGACGAAACGACUUAGUAGCGAACUUAUGACCCUCAUGAUGUCCGCAUCCCCGGGGAUUUCUGCGUUCCCCCGCUCUGACUCGAACCUCUUCGAUUGGGUGGGGACCAUUGAGGGCGCGGCGGGUACGGUGUAUGCUGGUUUGAGAUUCAAGAUCGCCAUCCACUUCCCUUCAAACUAUCCCAUGGCACCUCCAACUAUCAAGUUCGAGUCGCCAUGCUUCCACCCAAAUGUCGACCUGAGCACUGGUGGCAUUUGUCUGGACAUCUUGCAGGACAAGUGGUCUGCCGUUUACAGCGUGCAGACCAUCAUGCUCUCCCUCCAGUCCCUGCUUGGGGAGCCCAACAACGCGUCGCCACUCAACCCGGAUGCGUCAAACAUCUGGGACAACGUCGAAGAAUUCAAAACGCAGCUCAUGAAACACUACCGCCCGAUUUCAGAAGGGAGCGACUGA